UUAUUUAGAAGCUUGUGUGUUCUUCCCAAGCAUUCUCCAAAAGUCCCUAGCUCUAUCUCUCUGAUGAUAAUGUUAUGAGGCUGAGGGAGUUAUAUAUAACUGGCCCUGUGACUGGACUGCCCAUGCAAACUGGAUUCCAGAGGCAAGCUCACCACACAGCCAGACCAGCACCUGCUGUAAAAGCUAACUGCCACGCGGCUACCUCAACUCCUAUGGGGCCUGGAUCCUGUAAACUGGGCCAACUCUCAGCAGCUAAAAAUUAAGCUUUGGAAAUUACAGGAUGUUCUACACAAGCUAACUUGAAGUUUUGCAACAGGGCAAAAAAUCAGCAGAAGUGACUCAGAGUGUCAGUACAGAGCUUCCUUUCAGAGCCAAAAACUCCAGAGAUAUACCAACCUUUGCCGCACAGCCAUGUCAGAGGACAAAUUUCAGAAAAACUAUGAAUAUGUGUCUCACUUUGAAGGUGAGAUUUCUUUGAAAGGAAAAGCAUUUGAGCUUGAAACAACAAGAGGAGAUGAGGAGGAAAGUAACCCAGCGCUGGCUGAUGAUGCCUUGGAUGACUCAUCAAGUUCAUAUUGCACUGCCCUUUGUUCACUCAGUGAGUAUAGUGAGGCGCUGGACGACGAAACGCAGACAACCUGUACUGACCCACCAUGUGAGAACAUUUCAACUGAGACCUCAUAUUCUGUUACUGUUUCAGGACAAACCUUGACAAACUCUUCACCUGAGAACACUGACCUACCUGAAGACCUCAAAACAAAGCAGAAGAAGAACAAAGGAACUUCACAAUAUGAUUUAAGUGAAAAAACAAUAUAUAGCCUAAAUAAAGAUUCUGCCAAAAUUCCUGUUUCGAUAGAACCAAAACAAUUUUCAUCAAGCCCUAAAAUAACAAUUUUAAACCUGAAUCUUAUAAAUAUAAAUUCUGUAAAUGCUGACCAAGGCAGUACUCCUAUCAAUUCACCUAAUUCAACACCAUGGGACUAUUUAAAAAGUAAGACGAACACUGUUCAAACUGAUACCAAACCUAAUCAAAAUGAUGGGUUCCUGGAGCACAAAAUUACCCCAAAUUCCAGAAGUACAGACAAGUACCACCAGGAAAAGAACCAAGAGCAAAAUGGUAAUAAACGAGAAGAACACCCAGCAACACUUCAAGCAAGCUGCAGAAAUGCUGACUAUAAACCCAGCACUGAGUUCAAACUGGACAGUAGUGAAUCUAUCAUCAGUAAAUUGAAAUGCCAGGGGGAGGAGCAUGGUAUAGGGGUUGGAAAAGAGCAGGCAGAGCUGUCACUCAAUACUGGAAAUAGAAAACUGCCUGCAAGCUGCAGCUCAACACUCAUAGCCAACAAGCAGGAGUCAGGAAUCCUACCACGUUGUUAUUCCAAACGUCUUCUCACGACCAGGAACCAACACCAGUCCCAGAGCCCUCCUGUUUCCCGGAGGUUAAAAAAGCAGGACAGACAGGGCAUCGGGUUGUCCGCAUUGCUUCCACCAACACCCUGCAGUAUCAGCAGGCAACACUGCAGCUCUGCAGACAAUACCGAAGGAAAAUUCAGCAUGGCUACGAAGGUAGUUGGGACAACCACAGAAGUAGGAAGUCUUCCUGCACUGGAAUAUACAAGAACAUCAUGUCCUGAAACUAAUUACCUGGAUGUAUUCAACUCUACCUGUUGGUCUUCAACUCAGCUGUCUUCUAAUAGAGACUUUUAUAAAUGGUCCAAGGAUGUCUUGUCCUUCGAGAUGCCAUUUAUAUCAACAAACAACAAUAACACUUCAGCUUGCUCAGAGGCUAGCAGUUUUGAAUGCAUUGAUGUAGCCUUGGAAAACCAUGAAGAAGUGGAAAGAAAUGCAAAGACAGUACCAAAGAGGCAGAUCCAGCUGAAAAGGCGGGAUAACACAGAGUCUCAUGCUAAUGAAAAAGACAUCGUCGCAUCUACACUUAACCACCCACGAGACCUACUCCAGCGUCAGCACAGUACUCCUGCUGCCUUUCAGCAGGACUCGCAUAGAUCCGAAACCAAGUCUGGGCAAAGUGAACAAAAGCAGAAGCUUCAGAAAUCAUUAUCAUUGGAUGAAACAUCGAGCAAAACCAAACUGGCUUCCUGCAUUAUUAAAAAUGUCCUUUCAAAGAGGAUGCAACAUGAGCAGAAUCAAACCUUCUGUCCCAUCAAAACAGAUGGCAAAGUCAAUAAUAUUGAUCUCCUGACCUCUUGUGCUAAGGAAGAGUGCACUGAAAUUGAUGAAGGGAACUUGGCUACAGUUACUCUUUUAAGUAGCCAUACUUCAUCUCAGAGUCCCACGCUGAAGACUGACUCCCAGACAAUCAGAUCUAUCAAAGAACAUAUCAGUGUCAGCUCCAAAAUACUUCCUAAACUGAUAACCAAACACAGUUUCAACCCUCUGCUUGGGGGUCUGGGGAGAACUCAGAUUCAGGGAAGUGGUACUGAAAUAGCUGCCUAUUCUGAAACUGAACAAGAGAAGCUGAGUCCCAGUAAGGAGGCAAACCAGGGCAGUAAAGAGAAGCUAUCCUGUGACUCAGCAAAGGGUAAAGCAUGGAACUUGAGUGCAGUGACAAGUGGGGCUGUUGGCAAACAAGCCACAGUGAAAACUACACCUGAGGAAUGUGUCAAUCUGCAGGCAGCCCAGAAACAACAUUAUGUCAAGGAUCCAUCCAUUGAGCCCAAGGAAGAGAAACCAGGUGAGAGGAAAGAAAAUACACAAAGUCCCACAGUGUCUGCUGGGCUAGAUUGUAGUCUGGAUGCAAACACAGUAGAUAAUGUCCUGUCCAAGUCUGCUCAGUGUAAUCUGGAAAAAGAUCAGGAGAGUGGCAAGGGAGAACUCAGGCCCCCUGGGCAGUCAGUAAAUAUGGGCAUUCAGAGCCAAGGAAAAUCCAGAGCAAUAGCCCCUGUGCAUGUGGUGAGGGAUAUGCGGAGCCUAGUGAAAAACACAUACAGUCUGUCAUUCAGGGGGCCCAGUGAGGCAGUACAAGGGCUAGAUGUCCAUAGUUUCACAACAGCAGGACCCCAUCCAGUUAUCAGCAAAAGGGAGAACAAACUGAAGGUACGCAAACGAGAUGAAAAACUACAUGUGCCAAAAGCAAAUCUACCUCUUGCACUGGACCCAGUCAUGGAUUUGGCCUCUCUUGAUAGCGCUUCCAGAGAAUGUGCAACAAAGACUCUCUCUAUCCUGGAAUCAAAUGACAAAAUUCCCCAUACUGGAUUUACAAAGGUCAGCCCAAUUAAUGCAGCCCAGCCAAACAGUUGUGGAUUGUCAAAAUCCCCAGAGGCUCAGGACAGCACAACAGCUAUGAGCCAAACAAAUGUCCAAUGUAGCAACACAUACGUGAAACAAACAACUUGCACAAGCAAGCCAGUACGGGCUCGUAAGAGAACCGUAACUAAUCCAUCUAAAAAUGAGCAGUCUGCAGACAUCAGGAACCCAGAAUGUGAGAAACCUAAAAUCUUUGCUGUGCAUCCAACGCAGCCGCUGUCAACUGCAUUAUUGUAUUGUCCACCUUCAGAAAGUUCUGAACAGCAGGGCAGCUGUAAGCUCUCCAGCCAGGAAAGAUCUGCAGAAAAAGAUGCUCAACAGAUUCCAGGCCUACCAGCCAAAUCACAAAGCUCAGCUGGACCUCCCUCUGCCUGCAUCUUAACAGUUGCUCCAGCGCCAGUGUUUCCGUCAUAUUUCUACAAACCUAAUGUACUAAGCUACCCAAACAUGGGGACAGUUAGUUAUGUUCAAGGCCCUGUCUUGCUGCAAAUGCCACCUCAUAACCAGCCUGCUACAGCAAGUGGUCCCAUCCCCUUGAUAAAAUCAUCAUCUGUGGAAGAAAGACUGCUAUCUCAGCCAUACAUGGCAGAUGGCUACCUAGUACAGCGAGAGACAUCUAAGCAGAUGGAGAAUGGAGAUACCAGCCAGAAAAUGCCUUCUCCAGAUACCCAGCCGUGCACAGCUUUCGUCACAACCUUUGGUGCUGAGGGCAAACAUGGAGGUGCUAGUAUGUUGUAUCCGGAAAUGGGUGGAAGUCAGCAUGUGUCAAAUCCUCGACACAUGCUGCUAGACCCUGAAACUGGCCAAUGCUUCUAUGUAGACAUGCCACAGCUGCCACAACGUAAGAUGCUCUUUGACCCAGAGACCUGCCAGUAUGUUGAGGUUGUCGUCCCACAGCAAACUUUGUCCAGUUCUGUUAUGACAACCCCUUGUGCCGUACCCUUCUCCUCCCUCCACAUCCCAGCCAUGUAUACUCCACAUUGUCUGUCUUAUGUCCAGCCACAGCAUCAGGUGCUGCCACCACCACAACCUUAAGAGUUGACACAGAGGCCUGUACAGGCUGUUUGAACUGCUUGACACACAGACAUCUAGCUCUGGACAUAGAAUCUAUGAAAUUUGUAUAACGUUUAAUAACAUUGCAUUAUGUUAAGGAUUUCCAUACCUGAGCACAAACUGAUAUUUAUCUACCUCUGGAAUUAGUAUCGGUCAUUGCAUUGAUUCUGAAGGAUGCACGAAUACCCACAUUUACAAUACAAAGCCAUGUCGAAUGAAAGACAAGAAGGUAAAUAAAUCUUCUCACAAAUACAAAAUCUAAAUCAUACACGAAGCCCCAAUCUUUUUUUUCUUUAUAUUCCUGUAUGAGGACCAAGAACGUGUCCUCAUUUACUGGAAUUUUGCACAUUUUAUUGCAUUUGUGACAAUACCUGGUCCCAACAGUGUAGAGAUGUGGAGCUCAAGAGCUCAAGAGUAAAUAUAUAAUGGAUGAAGCUUCACUUCAGAAUGAUUCCCAGGUAUUUUUGAAUGUUUGACAUAUUAAACACAUAUAAGUAACUGAUGCACAUGAUUCAGUUUACUACACUGACAGAAGCACUUGCUUUGUGCCACAACCACUUUGUACUAGAACUCAUUUAUAUCGUCAGUAUUAUUUAUAUUUGAAAUGUUUCCUUGGUAAAAUACAGUAAAAUAUAUGAUCGGUCACUUUUCUACAGAUCCUACAAGUACAGAUGGGUUUAUUCCCUUUCAGAAGCCAAUAGUAUUACUAAUGGCCACUCUCAAAAAAAGGAAAAAAACCCAUCAUGUAUUAAGAAAAGGACUAAAUGAAAUUAAAAUAAAAAUAAUACUGUAUUUUUUAAUGUUAUAUGACUUUGUAUUGGCAUGUCAACAAUUUUUAACUCUUCAUGAAUGUCCGAAAUUUUUUUGGU